AUGUCUGCCUCAUCCCCUGCCUCGUCCUCGCUCGGAUUCCGCACGUCGUUGCACUAUCCGCGGGAUUUCCAACAUCUCCCGGUCCGACUUCGAGCCAGUCAAACCGCUUGGGAACUCUACCGAGCUCACCGCGACGUCCGUUCCGCCCUCCCCUUGGGCGACGGGUCAUUCGCUGUGUCAUCCAACGCCCCGUAUGUCCCGUCGCCACCCCCAGGGACAAACGAUCAGGAAGAAGUUUACGCGGAUGGGUGCACAAGCUGGUUCGAGCCUGGGUACCACGCCCAACACUGGAACAGCGCGUUCGAACAUCGUGCAUUCAUUUACGAAUCACCUGAGAAUGAUGAAGGAGUGGACGCUGCCUUCGUUCUGCUCGACUUCAAGCGUGGUCGGUGCCCAGUCUCCUUCCGCGUUUCCUGCAUCCAAAACGGGACGGGCACUCCCACUCGCAACUUCUCACUCGCAUUGCGGACCCUCUACGACGCGGAACUCCAUCGCGCCGAGGAAUUCUACAACCUCGACCGUUCCCCUCCCUCCGGUUUCGUCCUUCGUCCCACUUGCGUCCAAGACGCGCUCUACGACUUCGGCAGCCUCACCGUCAAUCUCCACGCGAUGCGCAAGAUCGUUGCUCUCAUCCAACGCCAUCUCCUGGAGCUGCGAGCUUACGCGCUUCACGCCUACCUACGGCGAGCCUUCGCCGAGGGAUGCUUUUCAAUCCCGUGUCCGGAUUUGGUGGGAGUGGGGUGCUGGGUAGAUGAAAGGAAUGAAGAGGUACGGAAGCGUCUUGCUUGGUGUGGGGUCCCAGUUUGGUACGUUACUUGUUCGCCUCCCCCCUCAAGCCAGAUUGUCUCGACCAUAGCCCCAAUGGACUCUCGACUCUCAUGGGAGGAAUGGGACGUGACAGAGCAUGCACCGCCGCAGCCUGUGGGAAGGCGCACUCGUCAAUGUAUGCGUCAAAUUCAAGCUGACCUCGAUAGCGCUGAAGAGGACUCCGACCUCGACAUGGGCGACGCCAGACGACGAGAUCGAGGCCCUCCGCGACGACCAUCCCCGGCGCCCCCCAUCCCCGCUCCCUCAGAUCGACGAGACGAGGCUAGGGACGGAGCCCCGUUCGACAACUUGGACGAAGGAUGGGUCAAUAACCCCGCCCUCGGGUCGCUCUCGGAUUCGACGCCUCGAGCCCGGACCCCGUGCAGAGAGCCGGAACUGCCGCUCCUGCGCGAGGAUCCGCUCACAUCUUCGGUCUCCUCGAAAACGCGCGGAGAGUCGGAACUGCCGCUCCCGCGCGCGGAUUCGCCCAUGGCCGUAUCACUCCCGGCGAGCCCAGUCGAGUCGCUCGCUCCGCUCCCGACGGCACCAUCUCCGCUGUCGUCCCCUCCGCGUCCCUCCUUAGACAAGGGCAAGCAGCGGGCUAGUUCUCCAUCACCUCAGCCCUACGGGAGAUACGGUCCGUCUUUCCGCCGCCCUCCCUCUCCGGACCCUCGGCCCAUUCGCCGCGCGCUAUCUCGAUCGCGAUCUCCUCGGCCCUAUCGCCCUCGACCUCGGUCGCCUUACCACGCUCGGUCUCCUCCUCGUCCUCUGUCGCCCCGAAGAGGUGGCGACUUCUACAGGCCCUCCCAGUCCGCGGGGUACUCCCGGCGUGCAAAUCGAGACGGGAUGCACCGAGCCGCGCCUCAAGAAAGGGCACCUAGAGCCACCAGAGGGCGUAGUCCUGCUCGAAGGAUAGAUUCACCUCGUCCGCCCCGUUCCCCUCCGCGCGAGCCUGCCCCUCGGAGCAGCUCCAACAACACCGGCCGACCUUUGGCGGAGCGGAUACAUCCCGCUCCCGUGCCUGCCUCGGCUCGUUCGUUGGAGGAACGUCUACGGGUCGACGAGACGAACCUCCCUAGAUCCGCUCCCGUCGCGGACACCAAUGAGCCCGGUCCCUCGCUCCUCUUGCGCUUAAGCGACUCCCGAUCUCUGCUCGCUCACGUAGGAACGACACUCGAGGAACGACUCUCCGACACCCGCGUAGCUGAUGGCGAGAACGACACUCCCGCCGACGAUGACGGAGACAAGGGCACCCAAGGCCUGGAUCCAGAGGACCCACCCGCGAACCCCUACCGGAUCGUCACUCUUCCGUCAGGAUCCCCUCUGAGGAUGCGGCUCGACCUUCACUCGCCGCUCGAAGUGGUCGAAUACAUUCGCCGACCCUUCGAGCGCAACGAGUUCACGCCCGCUCCUCGCCGACCUUGGGAAAACGAGCUCGGACCGGAACCACAAUUCCCUGCGGACGGGUUACUCCUCUUGCCCUCGCCUCAGCUUCUGCUCGGACGACCCGACGACCGGUAUGGCGCCCUCUUGAUGUGGCUCAAGUCAAGGGACACGCAAGUGGCCGCUCUUGACCUUCCGCCCGGUGAGUGGGAGCCGCUCAAGUUCAAGACUUGCCCUCUCCGCCCACUCCCCGCGACCGAGCUUCCGUACCACCGCAACCCUCAUCCGGACAAGGAGGACAAGGAGGUAUGGGAGCUCCGCACCUUCCACUUCCGAUCGAACGUCGAGCGCAUCGUAGCGGCCAAGCACCCAGCCAUGCGAGGCGCGACGUCUACGACCGCCCAUGGCGUGCUUUGGGCCGGGAUCCGCGACAGAAUUCGUCGAGUCUGGGGGGCCGGACUGUCCGUCUACCCCUCAUACUACGAACCUCGCUACCUCGACAGCGAAGACGAUGUGGUGAGGCUUGCGCACUGGUGCACCUUGGGGAGGGUUCUCUUGGAGUUGGACAUUCGGGACGAUAUUGCGAAGGACCUGAGACUCGCGGUGGGGGGCCCUGUUACGGAUGCGGCGGACAGGCAUCCUACAUCCUCGUCCGAGUGCGAUUUCGCCGCGCCGUACGAACUAGGAUCAAGUCCCUCCAACGUCGGGCUCCUCGCCCUUCGUCCUCGACACGAGCUCCUCGCUGCGCUGUCCCUCUGA